AGUCAAUCUUCUAGAGAGACUAUAGAAAUAUAUAUAUAUAUAUAUAUUCAUCCUCUGAUUGUCUUACACAACAAAUGAACAGAAGCUUACCCUUUAAUCCUCAGGCUUACUGACCCAAUAGAAAUAUUUUCAUUUUCUUCCUCUUCUUCUUCCUUUGAGCUAUCAUAACAACAAACCAUAUAUGGCUGAUCCUACUUCACUUGUAACUAAACCAAUUCUAGAUUUCAUCAUUAAGACUACUACCUCCUUGAUCAAGGAGGAGUAUUCUCUGGUCCAUGGCGUCAAGGAAGAUAUAGAGAACCUCAAAAGGCGGCUCACUAGUAUCCAAGCUGUGUUUGAAGAUGCGGAGAACAAGCAAGUGAAUGAUCCACGUCUGAAAGAUUGGCUCGGAAAGCUCCAGGAGGCAGCUUCUGAUGCUGAAGACAUAUUGGAUACUUUUGCAACAAAAGCUUAUCUUUGGAAACAAAAGCAGAAGGAGCGUAUAUUCCGGUCUCUUCCGAGUAAAAGCAAAACAUCCUAUAAACGUGAUGCAGCUCAGAAAAUCAAAAAGCUUUCAGAAAGAUUCGAUAGGAUUGCCAAACAAAAAGAAGAUUUCCAUCUCGACAUCAAGGUUAAUGGCGGAGAGACUGUGAGCCCGAACUACACAGGCUUUUUUGUGGACAAGUCAGAUGUUGUUGGCAGGGAGAAUGAUAAAGAAAGGAUAACACAUAUGCUGCUAUCGAAUGAAUUCGAUAAGGAAGGAGAUGUUUCCGUGAUUCCCAUCAUAGGUAUGGGGGGCUUGGGUAAAACAACUCUUGCUCAGCUUGUCUUCAACGACAACAGGGUAUCUGGCCAUUUCGAAUCCAGAAUGUGGGUCUGUGUCACAAGCCAAUUUGACCUGACCAGGAUUCUCAAAGAAAUGAUACAAUUUCAUUCCAAGAUGAAAUUGGAUGACAACUCCAAAAGCCACCUACAGUCCCGGCUUCUGGAAUACUUGGUUGGACAACGUUUCUUACUUGUUCUAGAUGAUGUUUGGACUGAGGAUUAUCUAGAAUGGGAGCCCCUAAGGGAUCUCUUGAAACAAGGGGCAAAGGGAAGCCGAGUCUUGGUCACAAGUCGGAUUACCAAGGUUAAGGAUAUCAUAGGCACACAACCUCCCCAUCUUUUGAGCUAUCUGCCUGAAGAGGAAUGCUGGUCCUUGUUUGCAAAAAUUGCAUUUAAGGGUGACAGUUUGUCUAGCCAAAGGCUGAAAGAUUUGGAAGACAUUGGUAGAGAAAUCGUCAGGAAGUGCAAAGGUCUCCCAUUGGCAGUCAAGGCAAUGGGAGGUCUCUUGCGUGGUUGCGUUGAUGAUGUAAACAAAUGGCGGCAAAUUCAAAGCAGUGAAAUAUGGGAGAUAGAGGACCGGAACUCUGGAAAUGACAAGCCCAAAAUUUUGGCUAUUUUGAAAUUGAGCUAUGACCAUCUACCUUCUCAUCUAAAGCGCUGUUUUUCUUACUGCUCCUUGUUUCCAAAGGCCUACACUUUCCACAAGGAAGAGUUGGUCAAGCUUUGGAUUUCGCAAAGGUUUAUACAAGCUCAAGGACGAGAGACGGAGGAGGAGACUGGAAUUGCAUAUUUUGAUGAGCUCUUAAUAAGGUCUUUCUUUCAAAUUUCGAUCAUUGAAGUCAAGGAGAUAUUUAACAUGCAUGAUCUUAUCCAUGACUUGGCACAAUCGAUUUCAAGCCCCAAUUGUUGUCUGGUUAAUGAUAAAGACUCAGACAAUUUCUCUGAACAAUCACGUCAUGUGAGCUUGCUUGGGAAAGAUGUUGAGCAGCCUAUGUUGACAAUUGUCGAGAAUGCUAGUAAGCUGCGGUCACUUCUAUUUCCUAGUCACUACUUGAAAAACUUUGGUCAGGCCCUUGAGAAAGUAUUUCAUACAAUGAAAUACAUUCGGACCUUGGAUCUUAGUUCAAGUAUGAUUUUGGAAUUGCCUAGCUCAAUUGAAAAGUUGAAGUUGUUACGCUACCUUGACCUCUCUAAAACAGAAAUCAAGAUUCUGCCCAACACUAUUUGCAAUCUCUACAAUUUGGAAACACUGAAACUCUUGGGGUGCCCUUGGCUUUUCGAAUUGCCCAAGGAACUUGGGAACUUGGUUAAUUUGCGACAUCUGGAGCUCGACGAUUUAUUCUGGGUCAAGUUCUCCAUCCUGCCACCAAAAGUGGGGAACUUAACCUGUUUGCACGAUUGGCAUGCAUUUCAGGUUAGCCACAAGACGGGAUAUCGAAUUGAAGAACUGAAGAACUUGGCAUAUCUCUCAGGAAAAUUACAUGUCUCAAAGCUAGAAAAUGCAGUUAGUGUUGGGGAUGCUAAGUUGAACGAGAAGAAGUACCUUCGAAAGUUGGUGUUUGAGUGGAGUGACAGGGUUUCCAAUACACAUGAUGAAGCAGCUGAAAAAGGUGUACUUGAAGGCCUACAGCCUCACUUAAACCUCAAAGAGCUCCAAAUUUGUCACUAUAGGGGCAAGGAAUUUCCAGCAUGGAUGAGGGAAGGGCGGCUCCAAAAUUUGGUCAGUGUUACCUUGAAUGAUUGCACAAACUGCAAAAUCCUCACUCUAGGUGAACUACCCAAUCUUCAAUUGCUCUACAUCAAAGGUAUGCUGGAGUUGGAGAAAUGGCCAGAGGUCAAAUGUCCUUCCCUCUCACGGCUAAAGUUUAGCAACUGCCCCAAACUGAAGGAGCUACCCAAGUUCUUUCCAAGUUUGAGAACCUUGAAGAUCAAGCGCUGCACAUCUCUAAAGGCUCUUCCAGUGGCCCCAAGUUUGAUGUUUCUAAAACUUAUUGACAAUCUUGUUCUGGAGGAUUGGCAUGAAGUACUGACAACGUGGGUGGCUGUAAAUGAUCAAGGCCAACGUUCAAGUUGGCACCAAGGGUCUUGGUUUAAAUUGUUGGAACUGAAUGUAAUAAGCUGUCCCAAGCUGCAGGCAUUGCCACAACACUUUUCUCCACAGAAGUUGGAGAUCAGUGGGUGUGAGUUAUUAGUUGCUUUCCCACAACCACAGUUUGCCCAACGUCUUCAGCAUUUAGCACUGGAUUCAUGUCAUGAUGGAACAUUAGUGAGGGCAAUACCAAAUACCAGUUCUCUAUACUCGCUGGUUAUUUCUGGCAUCUCAAACCUCAACUCACUUCCAAAAUGGCCCCAACUUCCUGGCCUCAAGGCGUUGUACAUUCGUGAUUGCAAAGAUUUGGUGUCUUUGUCUGAGAAUGUAGAAGGGUCACUACGAACUUUGGUAUCUCUCAAACAACUCUCCGUCCGAAAUUGUCCAAUGCUUGUGACAUUAACCGAGGAGCUCCCUGCUACACUAGAGUGUUUGAGUAUUGGCUCAUGCCCCCUUCUGCAGUCUCUAGGCCCCAAGGAGAUACUGAAGAGCCUCCCUUCACUUCAGGACCUUUACAUUGAGGAUUGUCCCAAGCUCAACUCCUUGCCUGAGGAUGGGCUUCCAGGCUCUCUUCGACAUUUGCAAAUACAUGGAUGUCAGCUGUUGACAGAGCGAUGCCAAAAGGAGGAUGGAGGAGGCCCAGAUUGGCCAAAGGUUAUGCAUAUUCCUGACCUGGAGAUUGACUUACCUGAAGUUUCUUCAACAACUUUGCCCAAGAAGAAACCAUCAGCAGCAGCUUGGUAUCGUCGAUUCCCACGCUCUGGAGGGGCCAUUGCCACAGAGGGCAAUCGGAGUGAUACUGAUGUGGACAAAGCUGUUGAUGAGGAUCUAAAUGAACCAAAAGCAGAACAGGAAGAGACCAGAUCCAAAAAAUCCAUUCCAUCAACUCAAAGCAAAUCAAGUUCCACAAAGGAUUCUUCCAAUGAAAUCAACAAACAAGCAUCAGGUCUCCCACAACUAGUAGAUGAGGAAGAAGUACAAGAAACUCAUUUGGUCCCUAGGUCAGCCUCAAAGAAAGUUCCAGAAGAGAAAAACAUAACUAAUCCAACAUCUGAAACUAUUGACAAUGAGGACGAUGAUAUGGAGCGCUUUUACACUUCCUUGGGAGCCAAAUCUGAAACUUCUCCAUCUACAUCCAGUAGUGUCAUAACUGAUGUGCAGUCCCAGAAAACCAGGCCAGGUCAAUCUGACAUAGACAAGGCAUUGGACAUAGUAAAAAAUGUAUUAGCAACUGACUUCUCUUCUGCAUGCCAUCCCGGUCGUUCCAUUUCUUUAGAUUCAGAAUUAGAAUUGUUGUGUGACUUGGAUGAAAAUGAUGGCAUCUCGGUUGGAAUGAAAUUCCUAGUGCUUCAACUCUCAAAGGACUUCAAAGUUUUGAAAAGUCGAUACUGCCAAGCCAAUGACACCAUUGAAAGGUGCACCAAUCUGAUCAAGCCUAUGGCUGAGAUAGCAUUUCAACUGGAUGCAAAUAAACAAAAGUUCUUGGAGCUCAAUUCAGUUGAGGCAACAAUUCAAAUGAGUAUAAGUAAGGCUGAAGCACAGAUCAAUGAGCUACAGAAGAAAGUAGACACCUUCCCUCUGGCUGAACAACACAUGCAUGACAAGCAAACAAUGUCAACAGAUGGAAAGAGUAUCUCUGGAGCUGAAGGACAAAUAAAUGAGCUAAAACAAAAAAUAGAUUCUUUGACUAAACAGAAAGGAAAGGGAAAGCAAGAGAAGAAAAUGAUCUACACCAAUGGAAAGAAGCUGAAGGAAAAGAUGGAUGUGGCAGCUAAGGCAGAGGAGGAGAAGAAGGAAGCUGAGAGGAUCAAGAGGGAGAUUGAAGAAAAAUGGUCAGACUACAACAAACAGUUUGAGACGCUUACGUGCAGUGGAGGAAUGACCAUCUCCUAGGAGCAUAUCAUAGUGCAGGUCCAACAGAACAUAGAGUUAUGAAUGAAGUUAUGCACAUUGAACAUUACGCUAUUCAUGAUGAAAAAAAAUUAAGUAGCAGCAGCUUAGAAGGAAUUACAGAGGAUUACAUGCUGAAAUUGUUCAAAUUGUUGUGCAGGACGUCUGAUACAGGUUGUUCUUGUGUGGAAAUAUAAGGAAUUCUAUCCAAAAUAGGAUUCAGUGUGGCCUUUGGAGAAUUCCUUUUUCUGUUUUUGAUUGAAUAUUGGUAUUGCUUUUUUUUUUUUUUAAUUUAAUUUUAAAUCUGUUCUGCAGCUGACUGGGGAUGUUUGUUUUGAUGACGGUACAGUCUGCAGCUUGCUGCCUAUUAUUUAUAAUGUUGUCUGUUUGUUGAAUAAAAUCUAGCUCAUUCCAAAAAGAAAAAGAAAAAAGAUUGUA